UCCAGCGGCUCAAACGAAACUUAAUUCUCCCCCUGAACCCGCAUCGUUUUCCCCCAGAGCCUCCGAACCUCCGCAAACCCGCACCAGAACCGACCCGAGACGACCCGAACUAACCCGAGACGACCCGAAACGACCCGGAAACCAGUCUUCAUGAGAGCAAUUUUUGAGUAGUUUUGAGUUUUGACGCAAACUUCAUCAGUAUUUGGCGCAGCAAACUCUUUCUUCUAGACUUUAACUUCAGUGAAAUAGACUGUCCCGGAGCUCUAAAGACGCCGCGGUGUGAAGACGUGACCCCCGCCGCACCUGUCUCACCUGUCGCACCUGUCUCACCUGUCGAGGGCGGGUGCAGCGGUGUGAACACCGGAGCUCGAUGGUGGACUGGUCCCUGAACGAGGAGCGGUUUCUUGAUAAUCGGGGCCUGGAGCAGAGAUGCAGACAUGUAAUGGAGUAACAGGACCAUUUGUUCAAAGACUUCUCUGGCUAUGCCCUCUGGGCUUCACCACAGGAAAGAUCUGGCCUCCACUGCGUUUUACCACCAUCAGACCAAUGCAGAGGCAGCAGUCUCUCCCUGCUCUGCUGCCAUGUCUUUGGCCACUCUUCAAACCAUGGUGGACUCAUUACGUGUUUCACCUUCAAACGUGCAAAGCUCGACUCAUUCAAGUCAGAAAGCUACAAGUUAUGGACAGAGACUAUUACCUGUUCACAAGGGACUGACGUCAGACAGUGAUCCUGUGAGCGCUAGUACGAGCGAUGAAAGGCUCCUAGAUAACAAGAGGUGGUAUUACUUAACGAACAGUAAUGCCUCACCUUCCCAGCAACUGAACGGAACACUUCAGCCCUUAGCCGACAGCUCCGUUGGCUCUGCCAUGACCAGCGCACAGUCCUCCGGUACUAAACCAUCCCUGGACGACGAUCAGAUCCUGUACCUGAUUGAGAACAAGCUUAAAAAGUUCAGAGUCAAAAUGAAAGCGUUGAAGGAGCAAGGUUCCCCUGACGCUUCGAACGGUAAGGCUUCAGGUUCUCCUCAGGGCAGCUCACCCAUCACGCCAUCUGCCUCUGCUGCAGAGAACCUCACAGUGAGGACUCUGAGGGACGAAGAGUGUUCAGAAGGCAGCGGACAAAAUCCAGGGAGGAUGCGACUGGAGAGCGCACCAGCGCUGGAGGGGACGCCAAUGGAGAGGGCACCGGUGCCGGAGGGGACGCGACUGGAGAGGGCACCAGUGCCGGAGGGGACGCCAACGGAGAGGGCACCGGUGCCGGAGGGGACGCGACUGGAGAGGGCCCCGGUGCCGGAGGGGACGCGACUGGAGAGGGCCCCGGUGCCGGAGGGGACGCGACUGGAGAGGGCCCCGGUGCCGGAGGGGACGCGACCAGAGGGGGCCCCGGUGCCGGAGGGGACGCGACCAGAGGGGGCCCCGGUGCCGGAGGGGACGCCAACGGAGAGGGCCCCGGUGCCGGAGGGGACGCCAACGGAGAGGGCCCCGGUGCCGGAGGGGACGCCAACGGAGAGGGCCCCGGUGCCGGAGGGGACGCCAACGGAGAGGGCCCCGGUGCCGGAGGGGACGCGACUGGAGAGGGCCCCGGUGCCGGAGGGGACGCGACUGGAGAGGGCCCCAGUGCCGGAGGGGACGCGACUGGAGAGGGCCCCGACUGACAAGCAUUUCACAGAGCGCGACCAGAUCAUCACAGCUCUAAUUCACUCAAACAUGGAGGACAAGGAGAAGGAUGAUUCCACGGGCCUCAGGGCCCCGUUCAGUUCACCACCGGGAGAACUCGUCACUCAGAACCUGGACUCCACCGCGCACCACACACCGCCCGAUCACGGACACAACGGUGCGGCAAACGACCACAGUACGCCAAAGGAUGUCAUGAAGGGAGUGGACGCCGCCACUGUGAUUGCCGACUCAACGCUAAGCAGGUCGAUUCAAGCGUUAGCACUUAGAACUGACGACCAGCAACCCUUUGGUACAGAUUCAGACAAUGAAGCUUCUCACACAGUUGAAACAUCAAAAUUAAGUAAAUCCAACUCGUCUGCUGGUCUUGAAAACUUGGCUCUCAGCUCCUUUCAGAUCGUUAACGUUAACAAAGUCCCUGAUGUUACAUCCUCUGUCGCAGAUUACCAACAAGUAACUGCGCCUGAACCACAACGAAAAGAACUGACGGCAGAAAGAGUAGAAAUAGGGGUUCAGGCUGGUGAGGGCAGAAUAGAAAUGGACAACACUGACGGGUCGAGUAUCCCGGGAUAUCCAGAGUUUGAAGACAUAACAGAGGAGUCCACACCUAAUAAACCUCAAAUGAGUACGUUAACGCGGUCUCCAAAACAGCUCACAAAUGCAAAAACUAGUACAAAUGUUACAUCAGAACCAGCAGAAAGGCCGACACCCAAACGACAAGAACCAGAAGCUCCACUCAGAUGCUCUUGUCCAUACCUCGUUGAGACCGAUGAUGGUUUUAAAACGGUACCCUGUCCAAAAUGUGCCCAAGCGACGCCGUUCCCAAAACGGGAAGAACAAUCCGAGGAGGAGUCCGAUUCAGAGGAAGUGAUACUGUUUGUGACCGACUUGGUUCUAGAGGAUGAGAUCAUUGUUUUGGACUCUAGCGAUGACGAGGGAGCGGAGGAUGUUUCCAGUGCAGAGCAGCAGGAUCCAGACCCUAUUUUCCGGAGAGUCGAAGAGUUUGAAACUUUUGACAGUUUUUAUCAAUCAAAAGUUGGACAACUCCAAAAGAACUUAUCAAAUCCUCUUGUAGCUACAGGAGCCAAACUAGGAGCUCCUGCUGAAUCUGAGCCAUCACGUCGCAAUUUACCUAAAAAUUUACCUGUUGAAAAGAUUGAUUCUGAGCAGGUGUUGCCUCACUGUAGUUCACAGAAACAAUGGAACGCUGCUGAAAAGGAUUCUGAAAUGGCACCAGCCCCUAAACUUGUGGGAAUUUUUGAAAAGUUUUCUCCUGAACUGAUGCAGACCCCUCACUGUAACAUGAACGACAGCAGUGACACAGACGAUAGUUCGGAUUACCCUUCACACACACAGCCCAACUAUCUCGCUGUGUCCGAUAUGGUCGACGCCCCGUCUCCACACUCCUAUGACUACACCGGUGAAGAUCAUGAAGAGUCACUCCAAGCUUCUCCUGAAAUUACACAGGAUACUUCAGAUUGGUUUCCUGCUUUGAGUCCAGACAGUGAAAGUGAAGUAGAACCAGCAAAACCCAUUGAAAGCACAGAAAGGUCUGAAACGCCUUUCAAAAAGGCAAAGUACAAGUCACGCCGCAUCAUAGAGAGUGAUUCUGAGCCUGAGAAUGAUCAAGGUGAGAGCGAGACACAUUUCCUCUCUGGGUUGCAAGGAUCUGAAAAGUCAAGCCCCAUUCCUAGUGAUUUAGACUGUGACAGUGACGGUGAUCAGGUUCAUUACAGGAGAUUUAGCAAAACCAUGUCAGUGACGAGUGAGACUUCCACUCAGCCACGCAAGUCCUGUUUAAAACCUCAACCUAGUUCAUCAUCUACACACUUACCAAAGCCAAGACCAGAAGCUCAUGCCCAGAAUGUGUCAUCAGUUUCAAGCAAAGUAAACAAUGUGGGUCAAAAGAUGGCAUUCAAACGGCAAAAAACCAAAACAGACCUCAAAGGUGACAUACAAGCUAAAAGAAAAAGGACUUCUCUCGACACAGGUAAACAACGACCUGAAAUUAUGGCAGAUCAGGCCUCAGGGUCAAGCAUAAAUGCUCCAAAUUUUUCUUUCAUUUUGGGAGGAGAGCAGUACCGUGCAUCAAGUCUACCUCCCCCAGACCACAGUCGAUUAGCCUCAGACUCCAUCAGAAAGACUCAACCAACCCCACAGGGUCCACCAAAAUCUCAGGACUCACUUUUAAGUUCAAAUGUGAAUUCAUACAGCACUGUGAAGUCGACACCAGCUAAGCAAGCACUUGUCAGAGGCUGGUCAGACAGCCACAUCUCAAUCCGGAAAGAGCGGCGAAGGAGCCACGAAGCAGAUCAGAGCCAGAACAAGCGGAGAAGGAGCCACGAAGCAGAGUUCUCAAGAACGGUCCAGAAUGCAAAGACUAAAAGUCCACUCAAGCCACGGAAGAGACAUAACUCUCAAAACCUGGCUCCUCUGAUGAAGAAGACCAAACUUCAAGCCAAGACGUUGACCAAUGCGGUGCACCACAAAGAGUCCACCACGCCAAGUGAAGUGAAUGUCGGUGAGAGGUACAAGUGGAAAGAAAAGAUGCCAGCAAAAGAGCAUAUGGAUGGUAAGAUGUAUGAUGAUUUAUUAAACAAAGAAGAAUGAGGUUAUGAAUGCACGCACGUACUAAACAAAUGAAAUGGAAAAACAUUUAGAUUGAAAGUUUUAGUUUGGCACACAAUUCAGUUUUAGUGUCACAAUCCCAAAAUAUAUUUAACGGCAGAGUUGCUGCAUCUGUGACAGAAACAAAUUUUAUUUUAGUGGGAAAAUCUGUUUUAUUUGUGAGGAAAAAAAUCCCCAUCAGUACAUGGAAAGUAAAGGUGAAGGGAUGUGCCACACAUUUCCUGUACUCUCAUGAAACUAUGACCUAAAUUCUGAAAUCUUGAGUAGAGUCAUAGUGAUACAUUUUUGCCAAAAAUAAAGUCGACAUGUUUAGGGGCAGAUGCAGAAUCAAAGCGACUGUAGACCAAAAAGAAUGGUGCUCGGAGUUAAAAGGGUUUAUAAAAGCCCAGAGAGAAUGUCAAACUAUGACACUAAGUGUUGGAGGAGGCAGAUCUGAGUCUGAGCCGUAGGAGGAGCUUCUGCCCACUUCAAAACCUCUGUGCUUCAGGAAGUAAAUUUCCAUUUUCCCUUUGUUUUUCCCCAUAGAAAAACAUUCCAAUUUUAAGAUUUUAAAGACAUAAUAUGGUCUUACCAUUUAUGUGGCAACUAAUGUCCAUAAUGUGGUUUUCAGUCAAUUUUUUGUUUAUAAAGUUUCAAAAACAGAUUCUAAAUUAAAGUAUAGGUCUUAUGAUUGUUAGGGAGCACAGAGAUUAUCCACAAAUUAGCUUUUAAACCUUUAAUAUUACCAUUUCUUUUGGAAAUGAAUGAGGAAAUUUACUUUCAGAAUCUUCAUCUCAACUAGAGUCUGACUGUUACAGUUGAUAUUAUCAGAGGACCCAGGGCCCUGGAGGCAGAGCCUCAGUGGUGAAGCUCCCACAUCUGGUAGUUUCAUUACGUAUCAUGAUUAGGAUGUUACAAACAUGACAUAUGUUGAAUAAGCUUUGAAUGUGUAACCAUAUAUGCAGUGUUGGGAAGGUGACUUUUAAAAUGUAUUCCCCUACAGAUUACAGAUUACAUACCCCAAAAUGUAGUUUGUAAUGUAAUCCAUUAAAUUAAAGUGAGUAAUGUAAUCUGAAUACUUUGGAUUACUUGAUAUUGUCAUGCUUUUUAAAACUACAUGAAUGUUCCGACCACAUCCUGAAAAUUCUUGUUUUCUUCAAAUUGUCUGUUGAGCCCAAGUCUCUAUGUAUAAGCAACAGUUUGCUGUAAAGUAGCAAAGACAAGGAUCUUAACAUAAAAUGUUUUGUCUGCUUAAAGACAAUAAAA